GUUUGAUUUGUUUUGAUUUGAUUUUCUGUGUUUCGUGUUGUAGUAUUUGAGAUUGGCUGAGGAGUGAUGGAAGUGGAUAAGUAUGCUGUGCUAAGGGAAGCCGUGGAGAACAUAGAGCUUGUGGACGGCCAUGCCCACAACAUCGUUACUCUCGACUCCUCCUUUCCUUUCAUCCGAUGCUUCACUGAAGCCGACUCUGAUGAUGCCUUGUCCUUUACGCCCCACUGUCUCUCCUUCAAGAGAAGCGUGCGGGAUAUUGCUGAAUUGUAUGGCUGUGAGGCAUCCUUGCAGGGGGUUGAAACACAUCGUAGAUCAUUGGGAUUACAGUCAAUCAGCUCAAAAUGCUUUGGAGCUGCAAAGAUUUCUACCAUACUUAUUGAUGAUGGACUUAAAUUGGACAAAAUGCAUGAGCUAGAAUGGCAUAAAAGUUGUGUGCCAGUUGUUCAUAGAGUAUUAAGGAUUGAGGUUUUGGCUCAGAAGAUUCUUAAUGAAGAGAUACUGGAUGGAUCGGAAUGGACAUUGGAUAUAUUCACUGAAAUCUUUGUGACAAAGUUGAAGUCUCUCGCUGAUAGAGUUGUUGCCUUGAAGAGCAUAGCUGCAUACAGGAGUGGUCUGGAUAUUAAUCCAAAUGUUGACAAGAAGGAUGCUGAGAAUGGUCUUAUUGAGGUCUUAAGUGCUGGGAAACCUGUUCGCAUCCAGAAUAAGAACUUUAUUGACUAUAUCUUCACUUGUAGUUUGGAAGUUGCUUUGUGCUUUAACUUGCCAAUUCAGAUUCACACUGGUUUUGGAGAUAAGGAUUUGGAUUUGAGGCUUGCAAAUCCUCUUUAUCUACGGGCCGUUCUAGAGGACACUAGAUUUUUGAAGUGCCGUAUUAUUCUUCUACAUGCAUCCUUUCCAUUUUCAAGGGAAGCAUCAUACCUAGCCUCUGUUUACCCCCAGGUCUACCUUGAUUUCGGACUUGCAGUGCCAAAGCUUAGUGUCUAUGGGAUGAUAUCUUCAGUGAAAGAGCUUUUAGAACUAUCUCCAAUAAAGAAGGUGAUGUUCAGCACUGAUGGCUAUGCCUUUCCUGAAACUUUCUACCUAGGUGCAAAAAGAGCACGUGAAGUUGUUCUAUCUGUUUUAUGUGAUGCAUGUGAUGAGGGUGAUCUUACAAUUCCCGAAGCUUUGGAGGCAGCUGACGACAUAUUUAAGCAAAAUGCAAUUCAGCUGUACAAUAUUAGUGGAACUAUCAAGACUUCUGAUUAUGAGAAUGCUGUGUCCCAUGACUUUGCAACAAAAGAGGCUAACACCGUAAAGGCGGAUACUGUAUUUGUUCGGAUUAUUUUUGUUGACGCCUCUGGACAACACCGAUGUCGUGUGGUUCCGGCAAAGCGCUUCCAUGAUAUUGUCAAGAAAAAUGGUAUAGGUUUAACUUUUGCAUCCAUGGGGAUGACCUCACAUUCUGAUGGGCCUGCUGAUGGAACAAAUCUAACUGGAGUGGGUGAAAUCAGACUGAUGCCGGAUCUAUCAACCAAGUGGAGAAUUCCAUGGUCACAACAAGAAGAAAUGGUUUUGGCUGACAUGCAUCUUAAACCUGGCAAAGCAUGGGACUAUUGUCCAAGAGAAGCAUUACGAAGGGUGACAAAAGUGUUGAAAGAUGAAUUUAAUUUGGAAAUGAAUGCUGGUUUCGAAAAUGAGUUUUAUCUCUUAAGGAACAUUUCAAGUGAAGGGAAAGAAGAAUGGAUACCAUUUGAUUCAACCCCCUAUUGCUCCACGUCAGCAUUUGAUGCUGCAUCCCCUAUAUUACAGGAAAUUUACUCUGCUCUCCAAUCCUUGAAUGUUCCAGUGGAACAGAUUCAUGCAGAAGCAGGUAAUGGUCAGUUUGAAAUAGCACUGGGACACACAGUUUGUACUCUUGCUGCUGACAACUUGAUUUUCACCCAUGAAGUUAUUAGGGCUAUUGCAAGAAAACAUGGGUUAUUGGCAACUUUUGUGCCAAAGUACUCAUUGGAGGAUUUAGGCUCUGGAUCCCACGUGCAUUUAAGUCUGUGGGAAAAUGGAAAGAAUGUAUUUAUGGCAUCCAGUGAAUCAUCUAGACAUGGAAUUUCCAAGAUCGGAGAGGAGUUCAUGGCUGGAGUUCUUAAUCAUCUUCCUUCAAUCCUAGCAUUUGCAGCUCCACUUCCAAAUAGUUAUGAUCGUAUUCAACCAAAUACAUGGACUGGGGCAUACCGUUGCUGGGGAAAGGAAAAUAGAGAAGCUCCAUUGAGGACAGCAUGCCCACCUGGAAUAACGGAUGGAUUCGUAAGCAAUUUUGAGAUUAAAUCCUUUGACGGGUGUGCAAACCCAUACUUGGGCUUGGCUUCAGUAGUCGCUGCUGGGAUUGAUGGCCUUCGGAGGCAUCUUUGCUUACCUGAACCCGUUGAAACAAACCCUUCCAGCCUCCAUGGAGAACUUGAAAGAUUGCCACAGGAACUUUCUGAAUCUGUUGAAGCUCUUGAGAAAGAUGAGAUUUUAAAGGAUCUGAUCAAUGAAAAGCUUCUGACAGCUGUAAUUGGUGUUCGCAAGGCAGAGGUUAACUACUAUUCCAAAAACAAGGAUGCUUUCAAGCAACUUAUACACCGCUACUAGUGAGCUGACAAGGUUUCAAACAGGGGGUGCUUGCGGUUAUACUGAUUUGAACAGCCAAGGGUAUGGGUAUCAAACAGCAGCAUUAAGUGAAGCUAUGUUUAAUAAGGGGUCGACAUGCGGAGCAUGUUAUGAGAUCAAGUGUGUGAACGAUCCCCA